AUGCCGGUGAAGGACACUUGUCUGGGUCCUUUGGUGACUUGUUUUGACUUGGGCAAUGCUCAAAGAGGCGUUUGUCUACCGCAGACUGAACAGGCCUGCGGCCUUGUACCGCGUAUCACGCAGACGGAAGAAGUAGCCACUUUACCCGAUAUGCCAGAAAUGGAUGAGAUGAGAGGCGAUGAAUAUGAAGACCAACGAAACUCUGAUACGUACCAUGAGGAAGCAAAGUGCUGGCAACUUGGAGCUCUGUACGCCCAAUCUUUCAUAGAUAACAUAUGA